AUGCAGAAAGUGCCCGACGCCGUCCGGGACGGGGACGUGGGCUCCGGCCUGCUAGCAAUGAGCGCGUUGUGCUGGGUGGUGAGGAGGAUGGAUCUCCUGACCGGCGCCCUCCAUCGCAGUGUGACCAGCAUGGACAAUGUCAACGUUUCGGGGUUGAAGGGGCUGCGGAAUAGGAUGAUAACAUUCGUAAAGGAGCACGUCGCUCGCAAACGGUCGGGCCAUGUCGGAGUUGCUGCCGACGCCUGUGACGACGACGGCGAGGAGGCCCCUUUGGCAUCCCAAGCAGUAGGUGUCGCCCACACCGUCGAUGAUGCACGGGGGACUUCGUUCGGAGAGCCCGGAGGCGUCGUCGACAAGGAAGAUGAGGAGGCGGGAAGGGCGGUGACCGGGACAGCGGAGAAGCACCAGGACGAGGACGUCCAUCAGGAUGAUAACGAGGAUCAGGAAGAGGACCAUGAGGAUCGUGAGGAGGAGGAGGGGGGCUCGGCGGAGGAGGAGGAGGAGGAGGAGGAGGAGGAGGAGGAGGAGGAGGAGGAGGAGGAGGAGGAGGAGGAGGAGAAGCAGCAAGAGGGGGAGCAGGAGGAAGAGGUCGAGUCGGCAGAUGUUGUGAACGAGGGAGGGGAGGAUGCCGACGAGGAGAAAUUCGGCAUGGAGGCGGCUCACGGGGGGAGUGAGAAGGUCGUGGUCGGCGAUGUGGUUGGCGACGCGAAGGAAGUUAUCGACCUCGACCCCGGUUCCUCCGCAUCUGGUCGGCAGGCACCGCUGGACGUCGUCGAGCAGCUGCGACAGGAGAACAGGCGAUUGACGGCAGAAAAUGCCCGUCUGAAGAAGGCGCUCGGAGAUGAAAGGGGUCGGGUGGACAGGUUUGCGUUGGGGAUACACGGACUCCUCGACAAGCUCCAGUCGUUGGCCGACCAGAUCGCCGUCUCCGACCAUAAUGCGGCGAAACGGCUGCUAGAUGCGACGUCGGCCGUGUCGACAACCAUCACGGACAACAUCACCAACCAUAUGGACGAAUCGUGGAAGGCGAUGAAGUCCUUCGCCGAAAUGGCGUCGACGUGGUUGGCGGAAAUCGACGGUCCGGAGGGAAGUAUGGCAGUUGAACGCGCAAAAGCGGUCACCGCCUUGGCCAACCACGUGGAAGCGGUGGUGGAUGAUGCGAAGUUGGGUUUGGAGGACUACAUCUCGAAGCACCUAGCCGCCGCGCAGACCAACAUUGCCGCCGCGGUAACUCGCACCAUCGCCGUGCCGCCGCCGCCGCCGCCGCAGCCCACGCCAGCCUUCCCGGACGAGCUCAUGAAGUCGUUCAAGGCGGACGUGUUGAAGGCGGUGAUGGAGGCCACCCAACAGUCGUUUGUUGCGUCCGGGCUAAAGCUCAUGACCGAGGUGAUCGGCAAUGUGGCGGCUGGUCGGCGUGGGUCGCCGCCGUCGGCCAAUGACGCCGAUCUGCCCCGUCGCUCACGACCCCGCGGCCCCGUCGUUCCAGGCCCCUAG